AUGUCAUUCUUCCAAAAAGACUACAGCGCAUACCCACAACCAGUUGUUGUCACACCGGAUCCUGCCUACACAGGCGGCGCCAUUUCAGAGGCAGUCGCAGACGCCAUUGCUGAUGACCAUCUUUUGAAUAGAAGCAAUGCCCAAGCAUCAACUGGGACAACGUCAACACAGGAUAAAGAGCUAAAAGAUGGAGAUGCGCAAAAAGAAGCAUUUGCUGGGUCAUCAGAAGACAUGUUCAAUGAAAGAACCACAGCUUAUGGGGAAGAUCUACAGCAACAACAACAAGGCACAAAAGAUGCAUCAGACAAACUAAGCGAUGGAAUCAUGUCUUUACUAGGACCAAUCGUGCAAGAAAUGGAUUUUAACAUCGUUGCUGUUCGCAAGAGUCAGACCGAACUCGAGAAAGAAGUCGAACGCCUUAUGGCGGAGCUCCAGCUAUUUAUGGCAUCCUCUGCAGCACCGCCUGAAGUAGAGCCAGCAGUUCAAAAACUUGUGAAGGCAAGGCGCCAGAUCAUGACCGCCAAUUCGACAUUGAAAUCUGUACAGGACCGUGUCGAUAGGAUGCAUCUUCAAAUUGAGAAACGACAUUAA